AUGUCGCCAGCUGUGUUGCCAGCACGCCGAUCGACCUUGCCGAGCAUUGCACGCACGACAUUCCUCGUCGUCCUUCGCUCGUACGACGUCCGCCAUCUGUUUGUCGUUAUGCCUGCAGCCAAACCGGCGAAGGAGGAGGAAGAAGGAAGUGAUGAGCGGGCCGGGCUAGGGAAGAGUGGGCCCGCCUUGCGCGGGGUGAAAAGAGCGGGGCACAAAGAAGGAGGCCCGGAGCCCGAAAUUAGGCAUUUUAAUCUUUCAUAUAAGCAGAGAGACUCGGUUCAAGAGUUGUUGGAAGAGCAAAAAAUGAAACGUCUCUUCCCUUGUCUCGCAUCCAAAUUUGCCCAGAGCGACGACGAUAGCAAAGGUCGAAAAGCAGAUGAUACCGCUGCGCCUAGCUCGUCCGCAUCCAAAUUUGUCCAGAGCAACAAGGAUAGCAAAGGUCGAAAAGCAGAUGAUAUUGCUGCGGCUAGCUUGUCCGCCGCUCCGAAAGGAAGUAAUGGCUACGACAUGUUCUUGAGUUUCAGAGGUACAGAUACUCGCAACACCUUCGUGGAUCACCUCUACAACAACCUCGUCGAUGCUGGAAUUUGCGUGUUCAAAGACGAUGAUGAGCUUUGUGAAGGUGAGGAGAUCAGCACCAACCUUCUCGCAGCCAUUAAGAAUAGUAAGAUCUCCAUCCCAAUUCUGUCUCAAAACUAUGCUUGGAGCAAAGCGUGCCUUCAAGAGCUCGUUCAAAUGAUUGAGUGCAUGAAGAACGCCGGGGGGAAGUAUUCUAGGGAAGACGUUGCCAAAUGGAAAGAAGCGCUCCAAGAAGUGGCUUCUUUGAAGGGAUGGGAAUCGGAGAAAAUUGCUAACGGCCGUGAAGGAGAAUUGGUGAGAAUGGUCGUCAGAACAGUUUUGAGCAAGUUAAAAGAGGCCUUUCAACUGGUUGUUACUGAACAACUUGUCGGAAUUGAUGAUACUGUGGCAAAUAUUCUAAGAUUGCUGGAUGAUAACCACCAUUCUACCCAAAUUGUCGGCAUCCAUGGAAUGGGGGGUAUUGGUAAGACAACUUUAGCCAAGGUCGUUUACAAUAAGCUCUCCAACCAAUUUCAGCAUCGUAGUUUCAUUACAGAUAUUCGAGAAUCCUCACAACACAGGGGCAUUUCAUGUUUGCAAGAGCAAUUAAUAAGGGAUAUACUAGGAAGAGAGGAUAGAGUGUCAAAUGAGGAUGAAGGAAUUCGGAUCAUGGAAUCCAAAUUUAAACAUAAGAAAGUCCUACUUCUUUUAGAUGAUGUGGAUAACCAUGAUCAACUAAAAGCUUUAAUUGGGAAAGGUGACUGGUUUGAGAGGGGUAGUAGAAUGAUCAUUACCACAAGAAGAAAGUCUAUUCUCGAUGAUGCUAAUGUGAACUGCCACGAACUCAAUGGAAUGGCUAAGGAUCAAGUCUUUGAUCUUGUUUAG